AAGCCUAUUGCGGUGGAGCAAGAGCUGGUCCCGCCCCUCGGUGGGCGCCUCUCCGCUCUUCUCGGGUCUAUGGAGGAAAAACUGCGCUGGCCCCGCGAUUCCCAUGGCCGCAGUCGCCUGCGGCACCAAGGCCAUGUCCCUUUUCAAGCGGACCUUGGUGCUGAGCCCCGGCGCGGCGCCCAGGGGCGCGGGCACUCCCCCGCGCGGCUGCCCCUUGCCCCCUGCCGCCUGGCCCUCCAAGGACCGGCCGCGGGGAGAGGGCGUGUGCGGCCGGCUGCGGAGCCCCGCGGCAGCCGGCCGCCCGCCCCAGCCCCACUCCAGCCCCUCCGCGUCUCCCACCGCCGUGUGUCUCCUCUGCCCGCAGGACUCGCUCAGCAGCAGCUUGAAAACUUGUUACAAGUACUUGAAUCAGACCAGUCGCAGUUUCGCAGCUGUUAUCCAGGCGCUGGAUGGGGAAAUGCGCCAUGCAGUAUGCAUAUUUUAUCUGGUUCUCCGAGCCCUGGACACUCUGGAAGAUGACAUGACCAUCAGUAUAGAAAGAAAGGUCCCCCUGUUACACAACUUCCACUCAUACCUUUAUGAGCCCGACUGGCGGUUCACGGAGAGCAAGGAGAAGGACCGACAAGUCCUGGAGGACUUUCCAACGAUCUCCCUGGAGUUUCGAAAUCUGGCUGAGAAAUACCAAACAGUGAUUGUUGACAUUUGCCGGAAGAUGGGAUUUGGGAUGGCAGAGUUUUUGGAUAAGCGUGUGACGUCUGAACGGGAGUGGGACAAGUACUGUCACUAUGUUGCUGGGCUGGUGGGAAUUGGCCUUUCUCGUCUGUUCUCGGCCUCAGAGUUAGAAGAUCCCUUAAUUGGUGAAGACACAGAGCUUGCCAACUCUAUGGGCCUGUUUCUGCAGAAAACAAACAUCAUCCGUGAUUAUCUGGAAGACCAGCGAGAAGGAAGAGAGUUUUGGCCUCAAGAGGCUUGGAGCAAGUAUGUGAACAAGCUGGGUGACUUUGCCAAGCCAGAGAACGUGGACUUGGCCGUGCAGUGCCUGAAUGAGCUCAUAGCCAGCACGCUGCACCACAUCCCUGACGUCAUCACUUACCUUUCACGACUUAGAAACCAGAGCAUAUUCAACUUCUGUGCUAUUCCACAGGUCAUGGCCAUUGCCACUUUGGCUGCCUGUUAUAAUAAUCAGCAGGUAUUCAAAGGGGUGGUGAAGAUACGAAAAGGGCAAGCAGUCACCCUGAUGAUGGAUGCCACCAACAUGCCAGCUGUAAAAGCUAUAAUACACCAGUACAUGGAAGAGAUUUAUCACAGAAUCCCCAACUCCGACCCAUGUUCUGCUAAAACAAGGCAGAUCAUCUCCACGAUCAGGACACAGAAUCUUCCCAACUGUCAGCUCAUCUCUCGGAGCCACUACUCACCCAUUUCCCUGUCGUUUGUCAUGCUCCUGGUGGCCCUGAGCUGGCAGUAUCUGAGCGCCCUGUCCCAGGUCACAGAGGGCUGUGUUCAGACCGGAGAGCACUGACUGGGCUUGGGCGGGAGACUGGACACCCUGGGAGGUGGGCUGACCUUCUCUUCAGGGAUGGAUGUGGGCUUCCCCCCUUUUCCCUCCUGCUUUAAUCCCUCAAAGAACUUUGUGGGCCUGGACCUUUAGAAACUGUGACAUGCGGCGAAGAUAAGAUUAAAGGGAAAGGACACUUCAGCCUCGGCCGCCUGUGUUCACCUGUGCCCACCUGGGCAGGGUGACCGAGGGCUGAGCGUCCACUGCUGUGGGUCACAGUCAGGGCUGCAUCUGGGCCUGCAGAGAGAUCAUACUUAGUGUGAAUACGGGCUAGAAUUAUAAUUGAAUGUAUUUAAUUUGAAGCAACCUUUGAAUACCUAUCCUAGUAGAAAGUGAAGUGCAUUUUCUUUCUGUUCUGUUCCUGUUUUUCUCAUCCUUUUGUUUUCUUCAGUGGACUUGAAUGUAGUAGAUGCAAAUGUUUAGAGUUCUAGGAAUAUUCCCGUGUUUCCUAAGGAUGCAGACUGUCUUCUGCACGUGAAGGCUAGGAAGUAAGUUCUGGGUGGGGUUAGCAUUAUUUCCUCAUUUAAAGGGAGUUUAGGUUUCAGGAUUGCCUUUGGCCCCAUCGUAGCAGGUUGGUUUCCAGUUAAGGCUGACGUUUCUGAGAUUUUUAUAAUAAAGAACUGAAUUACUCGGCA